AUGGCGAGUGGCUUGGCGGGCAAAAUUCGCCGCGUUACAGAGUCAGACGAGUUUGACUUGAGUGGCUAUGACCAGGUGCGCUGCAACGAGCUGGCGAAGGCCGCCUUCGACGAACCCCUGGCUCUGAAGGAGAUGGUCCGCAUCUCCUUCGUGGUCGGAGGAGGCAAGCUGGUACGCCAGAAAUACUCGGACGACCUGCCGAAGCACUUUUGCUCCGCGCUCACGCUCGUUGGCUUCCAAGAGGACAACAGCGCAACCGUGGAGCAAGGGUCAGCUGGGAAGUUCAAGUACCACCAUGACACGAACAAGAAUUUGAAGUUCGUGCACGUUUUCCCCAAGAUUUCAGAGGCAGCUCCAGCGAGAGCGGCCGAAGAGGGCGAAGCAGCGGAGGCUGCGGAAGCCACGCCCGAAGAGAUGCUGCUUCGCAGUGACGAUGCAGACUUCCUCCGGCUGGUUCAGGCACAGGUCGUCACGUAUGCAGAGAAGAAGAGGCUGCUGGAUCUCCUGAAGCAGCGCAUCUCCGACCUGGAGGCGAUCGAGGCGAAAAUGACCCGCCUUGAGCGGCUGGAGCCUUCUGAGGAGGCGCUGUUCAACGACGUUGGGGCAGAGGAACUGAAGGAGAAGCGUAAAGUGGUGGAGAGCGAGAUGAAAGCUAUGGUGGACUCGGGACGGCUCACCGCCGCCGAGAGAACCGACCUCCUAGAGCAGCUGGAGGGAAAGCUUGAAGCGGUCAACGCGGAGAUCGCCAAAGCGCAGCAAGAUGGGAAAGCCAAGAAGGUACAGGCUUUGCAGCACCAGCUUGAACUCAUGCAGAGCACAAAGGCUUCAGUGAAAGCAGCUGAGCCAGUUGCCCUGCCUCCGUUGAAGCACGGCGCGAAAAUCCGCGAGUUGCGUAUGAAGCUCGCUGAGCUUGCGCAGGUCGAGAAGGUCUCGAAAGGGCACUACUCGAUGGACGAGCUGAAGAGGCUGGGGGAGCGUCCGGAGAUCGAGGAGGCAGUGGAGGAGCUCGAGAAGCGGGCAAGGGGAUGGCUGGAAAGCGACGAGGUCUUCCAGGAGCGGUUGCAGGCGAACCUUCGCACCGGUCUCAAAAAGGGUACCGGCCGCGGUGGUGGCAGUGGAGGGUACACCGCCGUCAGCUCUGGAGUACGUCCAGCGAAAGCAAAGGCAUCUGGGCCAGCCGUUCGGAAUGGCUUCAGUGCAUUGGCUUAA